AUGACUAUAGAUCCAGCAACCAUCCGGAAACCACCCGGCAACCAUCCAGCAACCAUCCAGCAACCAUCUGGCAACCAUCCAGCAACCAUCCGGCAACCAUCCAGCAACCAUCUGGCAACCAUCAAGCAACCAUCCGGCAACCAUCCAGCAACCAUCCGGCAACCAUCCGGCAACCAUUUGGCAACCAUCAAGCAACCAUCCGGCAACCAUUCAGCAACCAUCAAGCAACCAUCCAGCAACAAUCCAGCAACCAUCCGGAAACCACCCGGCAACCAUCCAGCAACCAUCCAGCAACCAUCUGGCAACCAUCCAGCAACCAUCCGGCAACCAUCCAGCAACCAUCUGGCAACCAUCAAGCAACCAUCCGGCAACCAUCCAGCAACCAUCCGGCAACCAUCCGGCAACCAUUUGGCAACCAUCAAGCAACCAUCCGGCAACCAUUCAGCAACCAUCAAGCAACCAUCCAGCAACAAUCCAGCAACCAUCCGGCAACCAUCCGGCAACCAUCCAGCAACCAUCUGGCAACCAUUCAGAAACCAUCUGGCAACCAUUCAGCAACCAUCAAGCAACCAUCUGGCAACCAUUCAGCAACCAUCAAGCAACCAUCCGGCAACUAUCAAGCAACCAUCUGGCAACCAUUCAGCAACCAUCUGGCAACCAUUCAGCAACCAUCCGGCAACCAUCCAGCAACCAUCCGGCAACCAUCCGGCAACCAUCCGGCAACCAUUCUGCAACCAUCCGGCAACCAUUCUGCAACCAUCCGGCAACCAUCCGGCAACCAUUCUGCAACCAUCCGGCAACCAUCCAGCAACCAUCUGGCAACCAUUCAGCAACCAUCAAGCAACCAUCCGGCAACCAUCCAGCAACCAUCCGGCAACCAUCCAGCAACCAUUCAGCAACCAUCAAGCAACCAUCUGGCAACUAUUCAGCAACCAUCAAGCAACCAUCCGGCAACCAUCCAGCAACCAUUCUGCAACCACCCGGCAACCAUCCGGCAACCAUCCAGCAACCAUCUGGCAACCAUCCAGCAACCAUCUGGCAACCAUUCAGCAACCAUCUGGAAACCCUUCAGCAACCAUCCAGCAACCAUCCGGCAACCAUCUAGCAACCAUCAAGCAACCCUCCGGCAACCAUCUAGCAACCAUCAAGCAACCCUCCGGCAACCAUAGCAACCAACUAGAACCCGGAACCUGA